UUAAGGUCUCACCGAAAAUGCGCCAAUGGAAUGUGGCAUGGAGAAUAGCUGUCCACAUCCGUGUCGUUGUGCUGAUGGCAUCGUUGAUUGUCGCGAGAAGAGUCUCACAAGUGUACCUGUGUCACUGCCAGAUGAUACAACCGAGCUCCGCUUGGAACAGAAUUUCAUUACUGAAUUGCCACCAAAAGCAUUUGCGAAUUUCCGUCGCCUACGUCGCAUUGACCUAUCGAACAAUAACAUUUCGCGUAUUGCCCACGACGCUUUGGCUGGCCUAAAAGCGCUCACGACACUCGUACUCUAUGGCAAUAAAAUAAAGGAUUUGCCCUCAGGCGUAUUUAAAGGACUUACAUCGCUGCAACUACUCCUGUUGAAUGCCAAUGAAAUCUCUUGCAUACGCAAGGACGCUUUUCGCGAUUUGCACAGUCUCAGCCUGCUUUCGCUCUACGAUAACAACAUUCAAUCGCUGGCUAAUGGCACCUUCGAUGCAAUGAAGAGCAUACAAACACUGCAUCUGGCAAAGAAUCCCUUCAUUUGUGACUGCAAUCUUCGCUGGUUGGCUGAUUACUUGCACAAAAACCCCAUCGAGACAAGUGGCGCACGCUGCGAAGCCCCAAAGCGAAUGCAUCGACGGCGCAUUGAGUCGUUGCGUGAGGAGAAAUUCAAAUGCUCAUGGGACGAUAUGCGUAUAAAAUUGUCGAGCGAAUGUCGCGCAGAUGUCGAUUGCCCGGCAAUGUGUCAGUGCGAUGGUACUUCAAUUGAUUGCUCAGGUCGUGGCCUUAAAGAAAUUCCACGCGAUAUACCGCUACAUACCACUGAACUACUCUUAAACGACAAUGAGCUGGGGCGCAUCAAAUCCGAUGGUCUCUUUGGACGUCUGCCACAUCUGGUUAAACUCGAUUUGCGACGCAAUCAUAUAACCGGCAUUGAACCGAAUGCCUUUGAGGGUGCAAAUCGCAUACAAGAAUUAGUUAUGGCUGAAAAUAAAAUUCGAGAGAUUUCGAAUAAAAUGUUUUUGGGUUUACAUCAACUGAAAACACUGAAUCUUUAUAACAAUCAAAUUUCUUGUGUGAUGCCUGGUUCAUUUGAAUUCCUGUCAUCGCUCACCUCGCUAAACUUGGCUGCCAAUCCAUUCAAUUGCAACUGUCAUUUGGCCUGGUUUUCCGAGUGGCUACGAAAGAAGGGUCUGAUCGGCGGUGCGGCACGUUGUGCUGCCCCCUCGAAAGUACGUGAUAUGCAAAUUAAGGAUCUGCCACAUAACGAGUUCAAAUGCACAUCCGACAACAAUGAAGGCUGUUUGGGCGAUGGCUACUGUCCGCCCGCCUGCACUUGCACCGGCACCGUAGUACGUUGUUCGCGCAAUCAAUUAAAAGAGAUACCACGUGGCAUACCGGCGGAAACGUCCGAGUUAUAUCUGGAAUCGAAUGAAAUAACAAUGAUACAUUUAGAUCGGAUACGACAUUUGAAAUCCUUGACGAGAUUAGAUUUGAGCAACAAUCAAAUCACGUUCCUCUCUAAUUACACCUUCGCCAACCUGACGAAUCUGUCGACGCUCAUCAUUUCGUAUAACAACUUGCAAUGUCUGCAACGCUACGCCUUAGCCGGUCUGCAAAAUCUGCGUGUACUCUCGUUGCAUGGCAAUCGUAUAUCAAUGCUGCCGGAAGGUUCAUUCGAAGACAUGAAAUCGCUAACACACAUUGCGCUUGGCAGCAAUCCACUCUACUGCGAUUGCUCGCUCAAAUGGUUCUCAGACUGGAUCAAAUUGGACUAUGUGGAGCCGGGUAUAGCACGUUGCGCCGAACCCGAUUACAUGAAAGACAAACUGAUACUCUCGACGCCCUCACACAAUUUUAUGUGCAAAGGCAAAGUUAGCAAUGAGAUAAUGGCCAAAUGUGACGCCUGCUAUACGCAUCCAUGCGAGAACAAGGCACAAUGCAUACCACUGCCACAGCGCGACUACCAAUGCCUCUGCCAGCCGGGCUAUCACGGUAAACAUUGUGAAUUCAUGAUCGACGCCUGCUAUGGCAAUCCAUGCCGCAACAAUGCCACCUGCACUGUGCUGGAAGAGGGACGUUUCAGCUGUCAAUGUGCGCCUGGCUAUACUGGAGCGCGUUGUGAAACGAACAUUGACGAUUGCCUGGGUGAGACCAAGUGUCAGAAUAAUGCAACCUGUGUGGAUGGUGUGGAAUCGUAUACGUGUGAAUGUCAACCGGGUUUUACUGGCCAAUACUGCGACACAAAGAUCAAUUUUUGCAGUGACGAAUUCAAUCCAUGUGCAAAUGGCGCCAAGUGUCACGACCACUUUACGCACUACACCUGCGAGUGCAUGGCCGGUUUCCAUGGCAUCAAUUGCACACAAAACAUUGACGAUUGCCAGAAUCAUAUUUGCCAAAAUGGCGGCACCUGCAUAGAUGGCAUCAACGAUUAUGUGUGCAAGUGUCCGGAUGAUUUCACGGGCAAAUACUGUGAGGGUCACAAUAUGGUCUCGAUGAUGUAUCCGCAGACAUCACCUUGCCAGAAUCACGAAUGCAAACAUGGCGUUUGCUUCCAGCCGAACCCCUCGGGCUCCGAUUACUUGUGCAAAUGUCAUCCUGGUUACACCGGCAAGUGGUGCGAAUACUUGACGAGCAUUAGCUUUGUGCAUAACAAUUCCUUUGUGGAAAUGGAGCCUUUGCGCACCAAGCCAGAUGCGAAUGUAACGAUCGUUUUUAGCAGUUCAGAGCAAAAUGGCAUACUGAUGUAUGAUGGACAGGAUGCGCACAUAGCUGUUGAAUUGUUCAAUGGACGCAUACGCGUAAGCUAUGAUGUGGGCAAUUAUCCAGUCUCCACAAUGUAUAGCUUCGAAAUGGUGGCCGAUGGUAAAUAUCAUUGCGUGGAGUUGUUGGCUAUUAAGAAAAAUUUCACAUUGCGCGUCGAUCGCGGACUGGCAAGAUCGAUUAUAAAUGAAGGCUCCAAUGAUUUUCUCAAAUUGACUACACCAAUGUUUUUGGGCGGCUUGCCACCAGAACCGGGACAGCAGGCGUAUAAGAAUUGGCAAAUUCGGAAUUUGACCAGCUUCAAGGGCUGCAUGAAGGAGGUGUGGAUAAAUCGCAAGCUGGUUGACUUUGAAAAUGCAGCAAGGCAGCAAAAGAUUACACCCGGCUGUGCAUUGCUUGAAGGUGAAGCGGCGGAGGAUGACGAACAGGACUUUAUGGACGAAACACCGCACAUCAAAGAGGUGGAUCCUUGCGAAAAUCACAAGUGUCGCCGCGGCAGCCGCUGUGUGCCUAAUUCCACAUACCGCGACGGCUAUCAAUGCAAGUGCAAGCAGGGUCAGAAGGGCCGCUACUGCGAACAAGGUGAGGGCACAACAGAGCCCGCAUCAAUAACUGUAACCUCCACUUGUCGAAAGGAACAGGUACGCGAAUAUUAUACCGAAAACGAUUGUCGAUCGCGUCAGCCACUCAAAUAUGCGAAAUGUGUGGGCGGUUGCGGAAAUCAGUGCUGUGCCGCGAAAAUUGUACGGAGACGAAAGGUUCGCAUGGUGUGCAGCAAUAAUCGCAAAUAUAUCAAAAAUUUAGAUAUCGUGCGUAAAUGUGGAUGUACAAAGAAAUGCUACUGACUGGAAGAUGCGACUACCCAAUUGCACAAAGUUAGCUUAGAUUUAAAUUUAGGACAGCAUAGUAGUAAUAAUUUUAAUAAUAAUAAUAAUAAUAACAGUAAUUUAAGUACUAGCUCUAGUUAUAGCAACGAUAAUGAAUGUAUAUUUAACUGUAGCAACACGAAAGAUUUACUAAUAUUCAAUAGUAACACUAACAAUAACAACACUAAAACGGGGAGAAAAAUGAUGGUCGCGCAAGAGAAAAAGACUGCGGAUGAGAUUGUAGAGAGUGAAAGAGUGCGGAGCAUCAAUAUCACAAAUAGUGGGUUGAAAGUAGAACCGGUGAGACCACACGAACGCGAUGACAUUAUGUACAAUGCGGAGGAGGAAUUAAGGCAAACAACAGCCGGCGGGUUGAGGGUAACAGGUGGUGGUGGCAUAUUGGUGGAUGAAGGUCCAAGUUAUGAGACUGAUGAGCACAGCACAGCAACAGGAGCGCAGGAGCGUAUGCAAUUGAAUCCCAGUGGAGAGAGCGAUGAUGGUUGGGACGAUGAAUACGAUGACGGUGACGAAGGAGAUGAAGAUGAAAAGGACGGUGAGGGCGAUGAGGAUGCGUAUGAUGAUGAAGACGACGAAGAUUUCGAUGUGGAAGCGUCUUCAGCUGAUGCAACAGCGCAAGCGCACAUACAAGACCGCGCAUUCGAAUCGUUGCCGGAGGCAAAGGGUCUGGUGCAAUCGCUGGUGGGCGAUGAAAACGAAGCUGUGAAACAUAUGCCGGACGUAUUGCGAGCGAAAAGCAUUACGCACACUGCGAGCAUCGCCACAGCGAACGUUGACGAGGAGGAGGAGGAAGAUAUGGGUUUUGACGAGGAUGACGAACGUAUUGCCAUUAUUGUGGAGAAGCAACGUGGUGGCAGUGUAAAUGACAACGAUAAGGGCUUCAUGAACGAGGAGGGCAGUGGCGCUAGUGGUGGCGGCGCCUACAGGCGAACCGACACAAAUAGGUACAAAAAUAGUAGAUUUAGAUUAGAUUACCUAGAGAAAUAUCGGAGAAAACAGCAAAAUCUGCAAUCGGAACAUACGAAUAGGGGCGUAGCCGAUUCGCGCGAAGGCAGCGGCAAUUUUGCCAACGAUGAUGAUGAUGACGAUGAUGAUGAUAGCGAUGAUGGUGUCCACGACGAUGAUGAUGACAACGUUGACGAUGAUGUAGCCAUCCGUCUCGGUGUUAACGAUGAUGCCGACCGUCAAGAAGGUGAUGGUUAUUUUAAUUCGAAACAUACUAAAUCGAGCAAUCGAUAUUUCCGUAAGAAUACGAAUGACGCAAUUAAAAUAAUCUCAACACCGCUGGGCAAGGUCGGCAUUGUUUAUCAACAAACGCCGACAAAUGAGGAUGGCAACAGCAACGGCAACAUUAAAAAACAGGAUACACUUGGCGACAAAAAGACAAGCUCGUUCACCGACUUUGAUGCACUGUCGCCAGAUCCUGAGAGCAGUCAUCGCUUAGCAUCAUCUCAUCCGAAAAUUACGCCAGUCUUGACACCCGAUGGCAAGGUUGCACUGCUUUAUCGCGGCGAUUCGGAGAAUUCCAAAUACGAGCCGAUACGCAAUUUAACACAUAAAUUUAAUAAUAAUAAUAAUAAAAACGACUUUACGGACAAUAAAGCAACUGGCAGUGGUACAAUUUCUAAAGAUACGCCUGAUUUUCCGAACAACGAUGGCAGCGAAGACGAGUCGGCCGACGAGUCGGAAGACGACUACGACCUGGACAAUGACAGCAAUAGCAGCAGCAGCGAUCGAUUACAAACGAAUUUACGCAAAACCAAUACAGCCAACCCAACAGAUGAGACACAGAAAGCCGCCAUUCAAAAUCCCGACACCGAUGCCGAAACGCCAGCCGCUGGUGCAGGCGGCUCCUCAUUCAUCAUACGCCCCACCGAUUCCGUACUGCCCAUGAUAAAUCGCCCACUCUCCGAGGUGCUCGGCAUAAAGAAGAAUCAGUUCAAGCAAUUCCGCAUCAAAGACAUUCCCACUACGCCACCAAAUGCUGCGGGCGCCGGCGCCGAAUCGGUCGGCGAUCCACGCUCACUAGCUGGCACAUCAAUCGACCGCGCAAUCGAUACAACGACACUACACUUCCUAACAAAAGUCAAUUUAGCCGAAUAUCCAACAUCGAUGAAAACGCGAAACUUCGAUUUCGAUUUUAGUCGCGACAAUACAAUGCUGGACGAACGUUCGCGGCAUAAAGAACAUCAAUACCACAAUCAACAACAACAGGCGUCUGCGGCAGGCAGCAGCGCUAAUCACCACACUAAUGGUGGCAGCAUGGAUGGCGAGGCGAACAAUAGUAAUAACAAAUUGAAUACAAUAGCCAACGAAGAGGUGCUGGCCAAAACCGAAGUAGUCAAUUUAGCGAUCAUACCACACUUCGAUGAGGAACUCGAACGGCUGCAACGCUUGCGCGAAUACGAAGGCCGCCGACAUUAUCGGCAACGCUAUCGCCAGAAGCCAAGCGAAGAGGAAUUAUCGGGCAUACAUUGCAUCAUGCAGGCCAUGAUGGGCAUAGCGGCGAUUUCGACGGUGUUCGGAAUGUUGGGUACAUUUUUCAAGCAACGAAUACUCGAUCAGAUACGCUUGAUGCAUUGGUAGUACAGCAAGGGUAUUCGAUUGUACGGCGAAUAUUAUUUAUUUGUGAAAAUGUCGGCAAUUACAAUUGAAUACCCACCCGGUUCAUCCACACAACAACAAGUACAACAGCUACAACAUCAUCAUCAGCAGCAGCAGCAAAAACAACAAGCAAAACAAAAACAAGAACAAGAACAACAGCAAUACAACACAAACACGAACAAAUGCAAGAACAAAAACAAAAACUUAAGCAUGAGCAACGUAGCGAUUUUUUUUAAACUAUUUUCCUGAAAUCACACAAUUUCAUAGCAAUAAUGAAGAAGCUUUUAAUACUGAUUACUAUAUAAAAAA